AGUCGGUCGGUCGUCGUCGUCGAGGAAAGAGGCAAGUUGUGGAUGCGUGUGUAUUAACAAAAGUGUGUGUUUUUUUUCUUUCUUGCUUUUCGUGGCAGUAUAAUUCGUGCGGUGGAUAGCCAGAGAAGAGGCCCGACGACGAAGGUCCUACUUUGAGUAGCAAAAUCUCGGCCGUUCGAAAAUGACGUGUUUAUUUGUGGUAUGAAUUUGUGAAUUUUCGUGCCCCGUCGUCGCUAGUAAGGACCCACCUAGUCGGGUAGUACAAGGAAGGAAUUGUGUGGAGUAUUGUACGCCAAAGUGUGUGUUGAGUUGUGGAGUUAUCAGAGAACAGCAGUAGCAGCAGCAGCAGAUACGUGUGCCAAAUCAUCGCCGAGUCGAGUACCGGGUUUUGUGUGUUAAUCUAACAGUACGGUACGAUAUCGCAGUUUGUAACAUUUACUGUCGAAGGAAUCGUGCUCUUUACGUAGGAAACGUAGGAAUUAAAGUGUAACUCAAAUCAAAUUAGCAGUGUAGCCAAAAUUUAAGCAAAAUCAAUCAGUGAUCAGUCGUGAUUAAGGUGAUCGGUCCGACGACAAAAAAAAAGUGCCCCUAAGAAAAAAAGAGAAAAGAAAGUGAAACCAUAGGGGGAAGAAAAUGUCCUUUCGCGUCGUGAGAAGCUCAAAAUUUCGGCACGUGUACGGCCAGGCACUCAAGCGGGAGCAAUGCUACGACAACAUCAGAGUGUCCAAGAGCAGCUGGGACUCCACGUUCUGCGCCGUGAACCCAAAGUUCCUGGCCAUCAUCGUCGAGUCGGCGGGCGGAGGUGCCUUCAUCGUGCUGCCUCACAAUAAGGUUGGCCGAAUCGCUGCCGAUCACGCGCUGGUCGGAGGACAUAAAGGACCUGUCCUGGACAUUGCAUGGUGUCCACACAACGACAAUGUCAUCGCGUCCGGAUCGGAAGAUUGUGUUGUCAAGGUAUGGCAAAUUCCCGACGGCGGACUCUCGCGGACGCUAACCGAUCCGGUGGUGGACCUCGUAUACCACCAGCGCAGAGUGGGCCUGGUCCUGUGGCAUCCCUCGGCGCUGAAUGUGCUCCUCACGGCCGGAUCGGACAACCUGAUCGUGAUCUGGAACGUCGGAACCGGCGAGGUGUUGGUACGCAUGGAAUGCCAUCCAGAUACGAUCUACAGCGCGUGCUGGAACUGGGACGGAUCCCAGCUGGUGACCACGUGCAAGGACAAGAAAAUCCGCAUACUCAACCCCCGGUCGGGAGAAAUACUCAACGAAGCCAUUGCACACGAAGGAUCGAAGGCGACGCGUGCAAUCUUUUUGCGACAUGGACUGAUUUUCACCACCGGUUUCAACCGAUCCUCGGAACGACAGUAUUCUCUGCGGGCACCGGAUGCCCUUGGCGAUCCGAUAGUCAUGGUAGACUUGGACACAUCGAACGGUGUCAUGUUCCCGUUGUACGAUCCGGACACCAAUCUGAUCUACCUGUGCGGCAAGGGGGACUCGGUCAUUCGCUACUUUGAAGUUACGCCGGAGCAGCCGUUCGUCCAUUACAUCAAUCAGUUCCAGACUCCCGAUUCCCAGCGAGCCGUCGGAAUGAUGCCAAAGCGUGGAUGUGACGUCAGUACGUGCGAAGUGGCCCGAUUCUACCGGCUCAACAACAGCGGCUUGUGCCAGGUGAUCUCAAUGACGGUGCCCAGGAAAAGCGAGCUCUUUCAGGAAGAUCUCUACCCUGAUACCUUGUCAGAUGAAGCGUCCAUAUCGGCAGAAGAUUGGAUCUCUGGUUCGGACGCAGAUCCACAGCUGGUUUCACUCAAAGAUCGUGUCUUUGUCGAAAAGGGCGGAUACGUGUCGCAAGCGCAGAGCACCACGCUGACGGUCACGAAGAAGUCGAACGUGCUAGACAAGAUGCCCCCACGUGGACCAAAGAGCGGCGGACCGCCAACAUCAUCGUCACCCCCGGCAGGUGCCACCACGACCACAUCGAACGGAUCACCGGCAGCCAACGGAACGUCGUCACCGGCCUCGCAAGCCACCAGUCAACAGCAGGCCGCCCCCAUCGUCGUCAACGGAGCUUCGGAGAAAGAACUGACGGAACUGAGAACCAAGUUCGAGGACGAGUUCCGGAAGCUGAAGGCAAUCAUCGUGAAGCACGAAAACCGCAUCCGCUCGCUGGAAGCGACCGUCAAGGCCAUGGCAGAUCGGGGAACAACCGAAACGGACGGCACUCUGCUCAACACCUCCACGCCGUCGCCGACGAUCACCGCGGCGGGGAACCAAUCGGCAACACCUCAGGAUGACCACCACGGCGGCGAUGGCAGCAGUCACUACACCAACUCGAACCUAGCACCGGACGAGGUGUAAUCCCGGAACCGGAAACCCGAACCAGCCUCCAACGCCUGCACACACACACAAACAAACAAAAACAAAAAUUGAACAAAAUACGGAACACACACACACACGGCAACCAAUUUGCUAGCAUACUCAGCAGCAGUGUACUAGAGAGAGAAAGCAAAACAUGAAAGAGAAACAAAAAAAACCUAUUUUCUAUGAAUGCAAAAGCAAUUUACAAGAAACAAAAAAUGCAUGCGGCGCUGCAAGUGA